GUUGGAAUGAUGGAGGAGUGGCAACAUUGGAGGACUUUUUAAAAAGAGGAGGUCAUAGAUUCACCACCUUCCUUGAUAGAAGAAUCUGGCAGAGGAGGAAGCUGAUCCACUGGUCCAGGGGGAGGCUUUGGAGAGGAUGAGGGGAGAGCUGGACUCAGUCGGUCCAGGAGCAAAAAAAGGCCCUGAUGCUACCCAGGCUGGGAACAGACGAGAACUGUGGGAAGGAACCGUUCAGAAGAGCCUGGGAGAGGAUUUUCCCCCUUCAGAUGUGGAGAAACAGCAAUUCAGGCACUUCCGUUACCAGGAGGCUGAAGGGCCCCGAAAGGUCUGCAGCGAACUCCACCGCCUUUGUGUUGAGUGGCUGAAGCCAGAGAGGCACAGCAAGAAGGAGAUCCUGGACCGGGUGAUCCUGGAGCAGUUCCUGGCUAUCCUGCCCCCAGAGAUGGAGAACUGGAUCAGGGAAUGCGGGCCAGCUACCAGUUCCCAGGCAGUGGCCCUGGCAGAAGGGUUCCUCCUGAACCAUGCAGAAGAUGAGAAUCAAGAUAAGCAGGUGCAGGAGAUCAACUUUUGCUACGGGGCAGCUUUUUUGGGGGAGGCCUUGAAACCAACGAUACGUUCUUUGCCAUCUCUUUGCAACAGAGAGAAAGCAGCUCCUAUGUGGCCAGAGCAGGGUCUGGUGACCUUUGAGGACGUGUCUGUUCAUUUCACUGAGGAGGAGUGGGCUCUACUGGAUCUGGAAAAAAGAAGCCUUCACAAGGAAGUCAUGGAGGAGAAUUUUCAGAAUGUGGCCUCUCUGGAAGCUGAUAGUCCUCACAGAAAGCCUGAGGGAGAAGCACAAAAACUUCCAUUGGAAGGGAAACAACUGAGGAGAAGCAAUGGAAGAAAACGGAAGAGGGGGAAUGAAUCAUCUAAUCAACAAAUCUACACAGUGGAGAAACCACAUAUAUACAUGGAGCGUGGGAAGAGCUUUGCUAAGAGUUCACAGCUUACUGCACAACGAAGAAUCCACAAAGUGAAGAAACCAUAUAAAUGUGUACAGUGUGGGAAGAGCUUUUCUAGGAAUGAUGUCCUUGCUAUCCAUCAACGACUCCACAGAGGGGAGAAGCCAUAUAAAUGCUUGGAGUGCGGAAAGAGCUUUACUCUGAAUGCACAACUUACUCUCCAUCUACGAACACAUACAGGGAAGGAACCAUAUGAAUGUAAGGAGUGUGGAAAGGGCUUUGUUCAGAAAAGAGACCUUACUGUCCAUCAACGAAUGCAUACUGGGGAGAAACCAUAUACGUGUGUGGAGUGUGGAAAGAGCUUUGCUCACAGCUCCAACUUUACUGCCCAUCGACGAAUCCACACAGGGGAGAAACCAUAUAAGUGUGAGGAGUGUGGAAAGGGUUUUGGAAAGAAAACAAGCCUUACCGUCCAUCAACGAAUCCACACAGGGGACAAACCAUAUAAAUGUGUGCAGUGUGGGAAGAGCUUUUCUAGGAAUGAUGUUCUUACUAUCCAUCAACGAAUCCACAAAGCAGAGAAGCCAUAUAAAUGCCAGGAGUGUGGAAAGAGCUUUACUCUAAAUGCAAAACUUACUCAUCAUCGACGAAUACACACAGGGGAGAAACCAUAUAAAUGUAUGGAGUGUGGUAAGAUGUUUGCUUGGAGUUCCCAUCUUACAGUCCAUCAACAAAUCCACUCAGGGGAGAAAGCAUAUAAAUGUAUGGAUUGCGGGAAGACCUUUUCUCGCAAUGGAGACCUUAAUGUCCAUCGACGAAUCCACUCAGGUGAGAAGCCAUUUAAAUGCAUGGAGUGUGGAAAGAGCUUUACUCGUAACCGAGUCCUUGCUGUCCAUCAACAAAUCCACACAGGUAAGAAGCCAUAUAAAUGUAUCGAGUGUGGGAAGAGCUUUGUUCGGAAUGACAACCUUACUACCCAUCGACGAGUCCACACAGGGGAGAAGUUGUAUAAAUGUGUGGAGUGUGGGAAGAGUUUUUAUCGUAAUUCAGACCUUACUGUCCAUCAACGAAUCCACACAGGGGAGAAACCCUAUAAAUGUAUGGAGUGUGGAAAGAGCUUUACUCAAAGUGCCAACCUUAUUACCCAUCAACGAUUGCACAUAGUGGAGAAACCCUAUAAAUGUAAAUCAUACAAAUGUGUGGACUGUGGAAAGAGCUUUGCUCAGAAGACAGAUUUUACUCGUCAUCGACAAAUCCACACAGGGGAGAAACCCUAUAAAUGUGUGGAAUGUGGGAAGAGCUUUACUUCGAAAAGAAACCUUUCUUACCAUCAACGAAUCCACACAGGGGAGAAACAACUUACUCUCCAUCGACGAAUACAUACUGGGAAGGAACUAUAUGAAUGUAAGGAGUGUGGAAAGGGCUUUAUUCAGAAAAGUGGACUUACUGUCCAUCAACGAAUGCAUACAGGGGAGAAACCAUAUAAGUGUGUGGAGUGUGGAAAGAGCUUUGCUUACAGCUCCAACUUAACUGCCCAUCGACGAAUUCACACAGGGGAGAAACCCUAUAAAUGUGUGGAAUGUGGGGAGAGCUUUACUUCGAAAAGAAACCUUUCUUACCAUCAACAAAUCCACACAGGGGAGAAACCCUAUAAAUGUGUGGAAUGUGGGAAGAGCUUUUCUAGGAAUGAUGCCUUUAAAAUCCAUCAACGAACACACACAGGGGAGAAGCCAUAUAAAUGUGUGGAGUGUGGAAAGAGCUUUACUCGGAACAGCCGCCUGAGUGUCCAUCAACACGUCCAUACAGGAGAGAAACCAUAUAAAUGUGUGCAGUGUGGGAAGAGCUUUUCUAGGAAUGCACAACUUACUCUCCAUCGACGAAUACAUACAGGGAAGGAACUAUAUAAAUGUAAGGAGUGUGGAAAGGGCUUUAUUCAGAAAAGUGAACUUACUGUCCAUCAACGAAUACAUACAGGGGAGAAACCAUAUAAGUGUGUGGAGUGUGGAAAGAGCUUUGCUUGCAGCUCCAACUUAACUGCCCAUCGACGAAUUCACACAGGGGAGAAACCAUAUAAGUGUGAGGAGUGUGGAAAGGGUUUUGGAAGGAAAAUAAGCUUUACUGCCCAUCAAAGAAUCCACACAGGGGACAAACCAUAUAAAUGUGUGCAGUGUGGGAAGAGCUUUACUCAGAGCAGCAUCCUGCGUGUCCAUCAACUAAUCCACACAGGGGAGAAGCCAUAUAAAUGCUUGGAGUGUGGAAAGAGUUUUAUUCACAAUGCAAAACUUACUGUCCAUCAACGAAUACACACAGGGGAGAAACCAUAUAAAUGUAUGGAAUGUGAUAAGAUGUUUGCUAGGAGUUCCCAACUUAUAGCCCAUCAACACAUCCACACAGAGGAGAAAGCAUAUAAAUGUAUGGUUUGUGGGAAGACCUUUUCUCGCAAUGGAUACCUUAAUCUCCAUCAACGAAUCCACACAGGUGAGAAGCCGUAUAAAUGUGCAGAGUGUGGAAAGAGCUUUACUCGGUACAGCAAUCUGAGUGUCCAUCAACAAAUCCACACAGGGGAGAGGCCAUAUAAAUGCGUGGAGUGUGGGAAGAGCUUUGUUCAGAAUGCCGCGCUUCAUACCCAUCGACAAGUCCACACAGGGGAGAAGCCAUAUAAAUGUAUGGAGUGUGGGAAGAGUUUUUAUCGUAAUUCAGACCUUACUGUCCAUCAACGAAUCCACACAGGGGAGAAACCGUAUAAAUGUAUGGAGUGUGGAAAGAGCUUUCCUCAAAGCACCAACCUUAUUACCCAUCAAAGAGUCCACACAGGAGAGAAACCCUAUAAAUGUGUGCAGUGUGGGAAAAGCUUUGCAAUGAAGACAUCUCUUACUAAGCAUCAACGUACGCACACUGGGGAGAAGCCCUAUGAAUGUGUGCACUGUAGGAAGAGCUUUUCUCGGAAUUCCGUCCUUACUAUCCAUCAACGAGUCCACACAGGGGAGAAGCCAUAUAAAUGUGGGGAGUGUGGGAAGAGCUUUGCUUGGAAUAGAGACUUUAGUGUCCAUCAACGAAUCCACACAAGGGAGUAAGAACAGGAAUUUAUGGAGUGUUCCAAUAUGAUACAGAAACAGAACAAUUUGAAAUGUGUAUGCUAAAAUGGAUGCAAAAUUUGGGAGAAGAAAUAAAAUUUGAA